AUGAAAUCUGCCCAAUGUGAUCCUGACACGUCUAAUCAGGAUAUCUUUGCUGGACUGUUAAGUGAUGAUGAAAAGAUGAACGUAAAAGAUGCUGAGGAUGCUGAUGAUGAUGACAUUGAAAUCAGUGUUUCCACUGAAUACGUUAUUAUGGUUGAAGAGAAAGACCUAUUCAUGGAAGCAAGGAAUAUUAAUGCCAUACUGCCAUUGCAGGGACACAUUAUUGUAUGCAGUUAUGAAAGGAAUGACAUCAUAGUUUCAGUUUACCGAGGAAAAGUUGAUGGAAUGGAGAGGAAAGACACUAAUGCUUUCCUGCUCUAUAGGACAUUCAUUUCAUUGAAACAGACACUUGGUGGAGGCUUGAAUGAAGUAGCUUCUCAGACUUUAUAUACACCUAGAAAUAGAAAUUGUAUUCUUGUCUGUUCCAUGCCUUCUAGUGUUGAUAAACCAAGGGUACAUUCUGAGAAAAUUCUUUUUCUAGAACCAAGCUAUUUCAGCAUGUUAUUUGGGCCAGAGAAUUGUUUGACCGAUUGUCCUGUAAUACUCAUGAGUACACCAGAUGGAAGGAUAUUUUAUUUGCCAAUGAAAAAUCUGAAAAAUGACAUUCCUGCUGGAGGAUUCAGUUUGCCAAUUUUUCCUUUGUACAAUAUGGAAGAGAGGCUCAUGAAUAUUCAUGAUAUGUAUUUGCAUUCACCAAAGAUGGAUGCAGUGACUACUGAAGAAGCUCCUAGCAAUGCUCUGGUUCUAGUUGGGAAUUCUGGGAAAAUUGUCAUUAUUUCAAAUCAGAAGGGAAGAUUGAAUUUCAAGGUUUAUAAUGUCAGGGGACCCGUCCUGUGUUCUAGUGUGCAUUGUACUUCACAAUUACUUGUUUAUUGUACACAGAGCAACACAUACAUUGCAAGGAUAACAAAUGCAAAUUCAUGUGAUGCUAGGAACAGCAGCAAAUUCAACAGCCAUGCAGCUCUUCUACCAAAUGUUCUCACCCCUGUUGACACUGGAAUAUGUGGUGUACUGGAUGUAAUAUGUACAAAUACAGGACAUGAGGCAGGUAGUGUGCAUUUAUCAGCACUCAAACACAAUGGCCAAGUUGUGAAAAUUACCAUGAAAACUGGUAACCAUGAAGACGACAUUACAACUUACACAACGGCAGCCAUUGCUGGUCAGAAAAUUAAAGAGCUAUUGAGCCUAAUUAGCAGUGUGUCAGAGAAAUUGGUAGAACAGAAUACCAAGAUAGAUACAGUGAAUUGUGCUUUGGAAGAACUGAACCAAGCCGCUCAUAUAGCAUGUACGAUCAAUGAUGGUAGUGUGGAUAGCUUGGAGUCAGGCUUCAAAUGUGUCGUAGUUCCCUAUGUGAAAGACAGAGGGUGUACGUGUGAGUAUGGUGUGACUAUUAAGUUAACUAAUGAUAGUCCCUGGAUACUCACUUCAUCUUGGUGUUGGAUAAUAUGCAUACAGGAUCGACAAGUCUGGUCUGAAGGAACAGCAAAGCAAAUCACAAAGUCUGUUCAUUUCAAUCAUUUACAACCUGGUGAUUUUCAUGAAAUUGACAUCCCUUUGGAUUGCGAUGAUGACGUACAGUUUUCUCUUCCAAUCACAGUCUCUAGUUAUUUGCAUUUCAACACGCUGCAAGUCAUGGAAAGACUUGACAUAAAUGCAGCAUUUCCAGAAUCAGAUAUCACAUUAUCAGAGAAUGGAAUAUGCUUACAGCUCUCUACAGACAUGCUGGAUGUUUUACAUUUCCUCAGGACUUUACCGCGAACUGCUUUACUAACGUCUGUUGGUUGUAGAGGAUUGUUUAGUAGACAGGGUUCAAAGUUAGAGUACACACUGCAUCAGAUUGCACAGCAUAGACCAGCAUGUGAGAGUGGACAAGCUGAUGCGAAAACACUUGAAGGACACAGAUUUACAGCCAAAGUGUUGAUAUCAACAGAGUUAGUACACCAUUACAUUGUAAAAGAAGGAGAUCUCAUUACUGAAGAUAAUAAAUCAGCAUUGCAGUCACAGUUACUGAAUCUGCUUUUCACCAAGAAUGUCAUGCUUCCGGAUUCAGAGGUCAUUCAACUCUUGACACCACAAGGUUUUCAUAUCACAGUGAUGUGUAAUCUAGUCGUAAUGGAUAAGAAUCAAGUAAUUGAAUUAAAAAUUAUGACGGAUUCUGUCGCUCUCCUUUCUUAUAUCCUGUUAACAAUAAUGAUUCUACCGUUUGACUUGAAUGGAUUUAGUUAG